AUGUUUAGACUCGUUGUACUUCUCACUGCUGCAGGUUUGGUAUUAUCGUGCAAUCCUGGAGUAGGGCCAGAUGCCACGAUUGUGUCCAAUCCUAUGUUCGCAUUUUCAUUCUAUCCGCCUGUAGCGUGGACUUAUUACGACGGAGUACCGCCCUCAGGCGUUCAAGCUUCAACUGCCACUGUCUAUGCUGGACAACAGGCGUCCUUGAGCGAUGCUCAACGAGUAAUGCAGAACGAUAUUGACUCAGCAAUUCUGAAAGCGCUGAACAAACUCGGAGUAUCACCACAAGGAACGACGUGGCAAAUGAGUGGCUAUACUCCUCAGAACUGCCUCAUCCGUGCGGAUAAUGGCCAGCAAGUGAGUCGAACUUACUGCUCGUUCUCAGCCGCAAUGUUCAAGUCUCAGUGA